AUGAUGGAUAUGGUAUGUGCCUGCUUCCUCUUUCCCUCCCUUCCCCUAACCUUUCCCUCCCCUUUCCCUCCCCUUUCUCUCCCCUUUCCCUUCGCCUGCCCGUCCCUUCCCCUUCCCCACUCCUUUCCCUCCCCUCCACCCCCAUCCCCUUCCCUCCCUUUCCGAUCCCCCUCCAAUCCCCGCCCCCCUGGUGUCUCACGUCCACGCGUGGUGGGAGUGGAGGAGCUGCUACUCAGCACACCUGUCACAUGCAAGCAGUGUGUGUACGUGCUGGACAUUGAUCAGCCACACAUGAGCGGACGAUGCCCUCAGAAUCUCCUCCGAUCCGAUGUGCUGAACUGA